CAAACCUUCCAAGGCAUUACUUUUUUUACACAUAAUGAGGUGACAGAAUUCUCACUCUCUUAACAAUCAUUAUAUCUAGAAACACUUUGCAGUUAAUGGAUAAUGCAACACCACAUGAGAGGCUCAAAAGGACUUCAACUCAGACAUAAAAUAUCUCAAAUAUCUCUCUUCCCUCUAUUUCUUCCUCUCCUUUUAUUCCAAAACAAGCCAAAACUGAAGCGGAUAAGAUGAUUGCCCUCAAACACAUUCAAAUCUCUUUCAACGGCACCAGACAUACCAUUUUACAGUCGGGAAGAUUUCCCAGCACAAAGAACUCCAUCUUGCGCUUCAGCAAGUCCAAUGAUUCCGAUUCCGAAUCAGAGACUCCUUCGCCUGAGGGAGAUACUCGCAAGCAAGAGCUGCUGGUGAGGAUAGCAAUGCUUCAAGCUCAGAAAGUCCGGCUUGCGGAUUACUUAGAUGAAAGAUCAGAAUAUCUUACUAAAUUCGGAGAAGAUGCCACUGCAGAGUUUGACAAGAUUGGAGAAGAUGCCCUCAAAGGACUGGAUGAAGCCAGCGCUCGGAUAAUGGAGAAUAUGGACAGCCGCAUGCAGGCGUUUGAGGAAUCUACAGGAGUGAACAUAUCGGAGAUCGAAGAAAAUGAAAAUGAGUUAGCAGCAUUCGAAGAUCAGAUUGAAAAAGACCGAAAUGAAGGGCUAUUUUUCAAGAAUCUGACGCCGGGGAAACCCAUAAAAAAGUUAGACGCUACAGAGGAAAUAAAGAAGAUCAAGGAGCUUACUAAAGAAAGUGCAGGAUCAGAAACCAGGAGGAAUAUUUACCUUGUAUUGAUUGGCCUGCUACUCAUAGAAAUUGUUGACUCUUUCAUCACUUCAACGCCCGAUUGGAGAAAAGUUGCAUUUCUCGGGGUAAUUUUAGUGGGUUUGGUUACUCAGUUCAUCUAUGAGCAGAAAAUGCUAUCAGAAAAAGAAAUAGCAGAAGAGAAGAAGACAGAGGAAGAAAGAAGAUAGACCCAAAAUUAAGAAAGACCUGCUGCUAUAGACACUAAAGAUGGUGAGGAAGGUUGGUGUUCUAACAUCUGGAAGACUCAUACUUCUGCCACAGUGAUAUGAGGUCUUGUCUAGGAUCCAUAAAGAAACUAAGCGCCCAACCUGCAUCAGGAGCUGCCAAAUUUCAGGUUAAUCAAAUAUAGCAUGUACAAUAACCCCAAGCGAAUCUUACAACUUGGAUUUGAUACGACAAGCACUUUACUUUUGCAUCAUCUAAAGGAUCUUGGUGAUAUCACUGCAAUCACCAACAACUGUGUAACUGAGUUACCAUAUAUGAUGCUUCAUGAAGUUUUAAUUACUUAAGGCUAUGCCAAAUUGAGGUUAUCAAAUAUAGCAUGUACAAUAACCCCCAGUGAAUCUUACAACUUGGGUUUGAUACAUCAAGCACUUAACUUUUGCAUCAUUAAAGGAUCUUGGUGAUAUUACUGCGAUCACCAACAACUA